AUGAGAUGUGACUACAAGCAACCGAAGCUUGUAGGCUACCCUGUCUUCAGUAUACCAAUCAAGGGCAGAGUACCAUCAAGACAUACAGUAUUUAGUGUGGAGUUUCCAUGCACGGGAAAAGGAGUAGGCUCAGCUCUUGUCAGUUUUCGUCUUCGAUUUCAGACCGAAAACUACGAUGGCCAAGACAUCAAAGCAUCACCACUCAACUUCCAGAUAGAAAAAGAAUGCGAGAAAUAUGAGGGUGUGUCUACAUCCACAAUCGAAGUCUGCCAUCCGCCAUGUUUAGAGGGGGGCGUGUGCAGUCCAGAAGGGAGAUGUGAUUGUAAGGAGGGGUACUACGGUCUGCGAUGUUCACAACCUCUUUGUAUUCCACAUUGCUACAAUGGUGGUACCUGCAUCAAGCCGGGACUCUGCGCAUGCCCAGAAGGAUUCAGCGGAAAAAUCUGCCAUUUAGCAUCAUGUAGGGAUAACUGUUUCAACCACGGUCGUUGCAUAGCACCAGGAAAAUGCAAGUGUUAUCGGAACUGGUUUGGUGAUAUUUGUCAGUACCCUGUGUCGAGAGAAAAAUCCGAAGGUGCGCAACCGGACAAGGAUAAAAGCAUGCCGAACAUUGACAAGAUGAAAGAAGGCAUCAACAGUAACUAUUCAUCGGAAUGAAGUACUCUAUCUGAAGCCGUCUGAAGAACUUUAUGAAGGGAUAUCCAUAUUGUGGAUGGAAAGUCUGGAUACAUGAACAGGGAAUUGUGUCAGACGAUAUAGGCAUGGGGAUGAAAUAUUGGCAUUAUCACGAUUUUACUUCUUGGUCGGAACCAUGAAGCCUGUGUCACUGAUAUGAUAGGUCGAUAUUGACGGUUGCGAGAGUUGAAAGGGAACUGGUACUCAAAUUAAUUAUGUUGAUACUAGGAGAGACUUGGUUUCCUUAAUUAGUUGACUAUAAUGGGAAUUUGUUUCUCCUAUGCCAACUCUGGAACCACAGAAGGGAAACAGUGCCAAUGAUCAUCCGAUAAAAUUUGAUUGAUACUUUGACAUAAAUUUUUGAAACGGUCAUGACUGUGAGUGACUUUCCUUUUAGAAGUAAUGCAUUCCUCUAACUAGGGCAACAUAUUUUCCUUUGCUGCAGCUACGGAAUACCCAAGGAUGGCUGUCAAUAUCUUUAAGACUGAACGAUUUUUUUUCGAAGCUCAAGACUGCAUCAUGUGAUACACGUUUGCUCAGUCUAAGGAGUAAGGAUCUUAACUCCUUACUCAGAUGCUCGACGUUCGUCUAAAUAUUGAAUUGAAGAGCGCCAGCUUUCGAUUGUAUUUUGAGCACUGUCAGCUGCAACGCCAACUAAUAUUUUCAAAGCAUUGUUCAAAUUGUUGUUAGUAAUUAGAUGCAUAAAACCUUCAAAGUGGUUGUUUCUAUUUAAGUCGAAUAAUGCACCUUACAGUAAAAUGUUGUUCAAAGUUUCCUACAUUUUUGUCUAUGUUAUCUGAUUAGAAUGCAGAAUGAAACAUUUAUCUACCAUGUUAGA